UCUACCUCACCACCCCAGAGAAAAUGGCCACUUUUUUGAAAGCAUAUUUGGUCAUCUUUUUCUCUCUUCCACUUUUUUAUACCCCUCUAGUGGCCACAAAUGAGGUGUAUAUAGUCUACUUAGGACUCAACCAUUUAGAUGAUCCUCUUCUCACUACGAAAUACCAUCUCCAGCUGCUGUCUAAGGUCUUUUCAAGUGAGGAUGAAGCCAAAGAAGCCAUGGUGUAUAGUUAUAAGCACAUCUUCUCAGGUUUCGCUGCCAAACUCAACUCCACACAAGCGGCCACUCUAGCUAGUUUGGAAGGUGUGAUAUCUUCAUUUAAGAGUAAGGUCGUUAAGCUUCACACCACUCGUAGUUGGGAUUUCAUGGGGUUAACAAUGGACUACGACGAGGCUAUUCCAGUUCAAGAAGCUUUUGGGGAGGAUAUCAUUGUCGGUGUCUUUGAUACAGGUAUAUGGCCAGAGUCGAAAAGCUUCAGAGAAGACCCUAGCCUAGGUCCAGUUCCAUCUUCAUGGAAGGGAGAGUGCAUCGCAGGCGAGCAAUUCUCUCCCAGUCUCUGCAACAAGAAGCUCAUCGGUGCUCGGUACUACAUCAAGGGCUACGAACACGACAUUGGACCCCUAAACAAAAGCUCGAACCCCGAGUUCCGGUCCUCGAGAGACCGACUGGGCCACGGCACCCACACCUCCUCUACAGCGGUGGGCUCGCCGGUGGCCGGAGCUGGGUUUGGUGGGUUAGCCAUGGGCUUGGCUAGGGGUGGCGCACCCAGGGCUAGGCUAGCGAUCUACAAAAUAUGCUGGAGCCCUGGUUAUUGCUCAGAGAUUGAUAUUUUGGGAGCUUUUGAAGAUGCAAUUAAAGAUGGGGUUCAUGUGAUUUCAGCAUCUUUUGGGGCUUCACCUCCUCUCAGGCCUUAUCUUUCAUCGAGUGCUGAUAUUGGUUCAUUUCAUGCUAUGCAAAGGGGGAUUCAUGUGAUUUUUUCAGGGGGCAAUUCAGGAUCAGACCCUUCACUGGUGGAGAAUGUGACCCCUUGGGCCACUUGUGUUGGGGCCACUACCUUGGAUAGGCACUUCCCUACACAGAUCAUACUCGGAAGCACCAACAUCACUUUUCUGGGCGAGGGUUUCAUUGACCAGACACUGAAACUUCCAUUAGUGGAUGGGAGUUCCAUCUCCACCACAGGGGCAUGUGAUGUGAACAAAUUGAUCCCAAGGCUUGCAUUUAGGAAAGUGGUGCUAUGCUUUUCAACAGGAGGAGAUUCAAGCACAAUUGCAGGCCUAGCCGUUUAUUUAGCAGGGGGCUCUGCCCUAAUUUUCUCCCAACCAUCCACUAAACGAAUACCCGAUGUGUCCUUCAUUCCCAUUCUUCAUGUUGAUAUCAAUCAAGGGACACAAAUUCUUUUCUAUAUCCAAACAUUAAAGAAUCCAAGUGUGCAGAUUAAUCCAAGCAGAACGAGUGUAGAAGAUGGUCCAGCACCUAAAGUCGCUUACUUUUCCUCAAGGGGACCAAGUUCACUCUCUCCAGCCAUACUCAAGCCGGAUUUAAGUGGUCCUGGGGUGAAUAUAUUGGCUGCUUGGCCACCCAUUCUUCCACCUUCCUCAGUACCCAUAGACAGACGUAUUGUAAAUUGGAACUUAUUAUCAGGAACUUCGAUGGCAUGUCCCCAUGUAGCUGGGAUAGUUGCUCUGCUCAAGUCUGCACACCCAUAUUGGAGCCCUGCGGCCAUUAAAUCAGCUCUAAUGACAACAGCUUACACAAGAGACACAAGUGGAGAUAGAAUCCUAGCAGGAGGAACUGUGAAAGCAGUUGAUCCUUUUGAUAUAGGAGCUGGACAUGUCAACCCUUUGAAAGCCUUUGAUCCAGGCCUUGUUUAUGACCUUGAUGCCUUGGACUAUGUCCCCUUCCUAUGUGCACUGGGAUACAAUGAAGCACAAAUAGGAAAACUUGUGAACCAAGUGAAAAUAGACUGCUCAAAACUUAGUUCAUUCGAGAUGGAAGACCUCAAUUAUCCAUCAAUAACAGUGCCAAAUCUUCAAUCUAGGGCAACUAUCAAAAGGACCCUAACUAAUGUGGGACAGAAGAGAGCCAUUUACUUUGCGGAUUUUGUGAGCCCUGAAGGUGUGGAAGUUCAAGUGUGGCCAAAUGUUUUGAUUUUCACUAAGCAUCUACAAAAAUUAUCAUAUUAUGUGACCCUUACUCCAACCAAGUAUUCAAAGGGGAGGUAUGAUUUUGGAGAGAUAAUGUGGUUUGAUGGGUACCACAGUGUGAGAAGCCCUCUAGUGGUUUGUGUAAAUCUUCAAAUGCCUCAUGAAGGAACAAACUUUUCAAGUGGUGAGGAGGUUACUAGGGCCAGGGUUUCAUUGACUAUGGUAGAACAAGUGUCUCAUACUAUUGUUAAAUCUUUUAUGGUAGAAUAAGUGUCUCAUGGUAUUGUUAAAUCUUUUAGUCGUCAACCUUAUGUAUUUUGCCAUCAACCAUAUUUAGUGGUUGGUUUCUUGUAAUCCCUAAAGGAUGACUUUUUAUAAGAUGCUACAAAGUAGAAGAUGUCGGUUUAGACAAUGUUCCAAAAGUUUUAUCUCAUGAUUGGUAUAGCAUGAUGCUAUAUAUCUAAAGAUAAAUCCGAUGAACAACUUA